GACCGUGCUGGGCAGAAGGCGGGUCCAAUUAUUUCAACAUGUUUGUAGAAACCGUUGAUUUCUCUCUGAGUUCGCCCGCAUUUGCAGUCCAGAGGGGAACCGCAGCCGAUGUCCCUUGCAGCACUCCACACAUUAUUUAUUUUGAGAUUUUCUUUCAACACUGACAUUGCUGCCAACUGAAUGCGUGUGGGUGGUAGAGGGACAGAGCAUUGAUAGACAGAUAGAUAGAUCUUUGUUUUCGUCAACGACGCCCACUCUCUACUUGCUCCGUAGAACUUCUAACGAAGCCGACUGAGGAUGGACGGGAACAGAACCAGCGACCCGAGCUGCAGGGACAGACCUCCCGUGGCCAUCGACAUAAUUUUCCGUGAGUUGAACCACUCGUCUGGGCCUAUGUUUUCUAUAGGCAACUUUUUUAUACUAGCCUAUCCAUAACUUUUCAGCUGCUCUGGGCCAAGUGCCGUUAUUUUCUUCAAUCUGCCGGCGGUUAGGCGUACUCUUUUUCUGACAGCUUGAUUGCACCUGUCGUCAUAACAUAAACAUGUAAUUGCCACCCAUGUGCCUGGGCUAUUAAACACUCAUUGAGGUUCGGUAACAUUUUAAGCGACAUUGUUACAGACUGAGCUGCAUAUUAAUUCAGUCACAUUUGAGACUGUUGGAGUCUGGAGAGAUUAGCCUAACCUUUUAAAAAUCGAAUAAUCCCUUUAAUCCAAUAAUAUAAUUUAGAAACUGACACUCAGUGACUUGCUUAUGAUUUUUCAACUACUGUAAACUCUCCUGUGCCUGUUGCUUUCAAACUUCUGUUAUGAUGUAGAAUUAACAUACCAACAUGUUUUUUAGGGUGAGGGUCAACAGUUCUACAUCAUACCCCUGCACUGCAUCACCUGAGCUCUGAAUCCAGUCUUGAAGUGUGUGUGUGUGUGUGUGUGUGUGUGUGUGUGUGUGUGUGUUGGAAAGGAGGGUGCAUUUGCCUCCUUAACUGUUAAAUUGUGGUAAACUAAGUUGAGGUAAGAUGACCCUAGAUUUUAAGAAGCAAUGAUUUCACAACACUACAUUAAAACACAUCUGUUACUGGCAUCUGGAAUAUUACAGGGGGGACAGUUAACUUCCUACAUUUUGCCAGGGGGCAAAGAGAAAUGUGCAGUUCUAUAGCUAAUCUCAUGCUAUUCUACACAUUUUGCCAUGAGGCUGAGAGAACACUUUGAUUGUUUAAAGCUAAAAUAUAAGUGUGUUGACUGUGAUAAAGGCACUGGAUUAUGAGCUGUCUUGUUUGCUAAAUCAACAAAUGAAAUAGGCAGUGACAUGGCGCAUAUAGCCAUAGAACCUCAGUGACAUAUGCCUCAAUGUGGUCAUAUUCGUGGCUUAUUGGGGGUGUAGCGUUCAGGUAGUUAUUUUUGGACACCCAUCCCAAGAGAGUGAAUGUCAUUCCAUUUAAUCUGAGUGUCAUUCCAGUGCACUUCUUGCUAUGAAUUCUAUCUGAGAGUGUUUGCAUGUUUAGGUAUGUCUAUUUUAGAUUAUGGGGAUAUUAUCUAUAUGCAUGCAGCAGCACUUAAACCAUUGUGCCCUUAGGUUUAUUACUGGUGAUGGUUAUAGAACUCACCAUUGUGUUUUGUAUCUCUUUGUAUGUAAGGAGAGAGCAGCAUUUUCUUGUUUAUCUACAAAGCACUCAUGCAGAAACGUACUAUGUAUCUAUCAUCAUUAAUUCAAUUUAGGUAAAAAGACAAAUAAUGUCCCGUUUGGAACACUGUCUAGUAGAUUGCAUCUUUUUUAUUUUUUGUAUCUGAUUGGGAUGGGGGAGUGAGAUGAGUGCUUACGCCGCUACCCUCAUCCCAUCCCUCCCCUCUCUCUUGUCUAAUCAUGUCCUUAUGGGUCUGUCUAUGCCUGUUUCACAAGCCAAGUUGCCCACUUCCAUAACACAUGGCUUUGUCUGAUGACACAUUUGUUGAAGUGUAUUAGUGUAUGUGUUAGUGCAGUCUUAGUUAAUUGUGUGUGCGUGUGUGUGUUUGCAUGAGUGAGUUAGUUACUCAGUCUUUGGCAGAAGGUGCUCUUUUCCAACAUUUUUUCCUUUACUACUUGUCUUGUUUUCCAGAAAACAACCAUUUCUCUUUCGCUCUAACUGAUCUAAUCUGUUCAUUACAUGUUUUCCAGAAAACAACCAUUUCUCUUUCCCUGAAAUUGACUCACCGAUUCAUCAUAUGUUUUUCGGAACUGGAAGGUCAGAAAUUAGUUCCACAGAAAGUGGUAAAGUCAAUCACCAAGCCCCUAGAUUGGGUAGGUGUAUUGUCUCUAGAACUGGACAGGUCCUUUAGUUUCGUGGACUCGCUCUUAUUGCUUUCAUCAGUCUGUUUUAUUUUAUCACACCAGUGCAGGUGAAGAGAGCGGACACCAGGAAAGAAGGCUACUUUAGACUGUUGAAAGUUUAUAGCACUAUAGAUUUUAACUGUCUCUCUUCCUCUCUCUGUCUUUCUCUCGAUUCCUUUCUCUUUCUCUCUCUGUCUUUCUCAAUUCAAUUCAAUUCAACUCAAAGGGCUUUAUUGGCAUGGGAAACAUGUUUACGUUGCCAAAGCAAGUGAAAUAGAUAAUAAACAAAGGUGAAAUAAACAAUACAAAAUUAACAGUAAACAUUACACUCAAAAAAGUUCCAAAGGAAUAGAGACAUUUUAAAAUGCCAUAUUAUGUCUAUAUACAGUGUUGUAACAAUGUGCAAAUAGUUAAAGUACAAAAGGGAAAAUAAAUAAACAUAAAUAUGGGUUGUAUUUACAAUGGUGUUUGUCCUUGUGGCAACAGGUCACAAAUCUUGCUGCUGUGAUGGCACACUGUGGUAUUUCACCCAAAAGAUAUGGGAGUUUAUCAAAAUUAAUUGAUUUGUUUUCUAAUCCUUUGUGGGCCUUUGUAAUCUGAGGGAAAUAUCUGUCUCUAAUAUGGUCAUACAUUUGGCAGGAGGUUAGGAAGUGCAGCUCAGUUUCCACCUCAUUUUGUGGGCAGUGUGCACAUAGCCUGUCUUCUCUUGAGAGCCAGGUCUGCCUACAGCGGCCUUUCUCAAUAGCAAGGCUAUGCUCACUGAGUCUGUACAUAGUCAAAACUUUCCUUAAGUUUGGGUCAGUCACAGUGGUCAGGUAUUCUGCCACUAUGUACUCUCUGUUUAGGGCCAAAUAAUAUUCUAGUUUGCUCUGUUUUUUUGUUAAUUGUUUCCAAUGCGUCAAGUAAUUAUCUUUUUGUUUUCUCAUUAUUUGUUUGGUUCUAAUUGUGUUGCUGUCCUGGGGCUCUGUUUGUGUUUGUGAACAGAGCCCCAGGACCAGCUUGCUUAGGGCACUCUUCUCCAGGUUAAUCUCUCUGUAGUUGAUGGCUUUGUUAUGGAAGGUUUGGGAAUCGCUUGUUUUUAGGUGGUUGUAGAAUUUAAUGUCUCUUUUCUGGAUUUUGAUCAUCUCUCUCCCUCUCUCGGUGUGUGUCUGUCUUUCUCUCUCUCUUUCUCUCUCUUUCUGCCUCUCUCUCUCUCGCUCCCCUCCCCCCCCCUCUCUCUGUCUUUCUCUCUCUCUGCCUCUCUCUCUGCCCCCCCCCCACCCCUCUCUCUCUCCUCUCUCUCUGUCCUUAGAGUUGGACAUCUUUGGUAUCAUCCUGUACUCUGUGCUGACCUUCAUGGCAGCGGUGUCCAUGCUGGUCUACAUAGAGGAGUGUUGGUACAUCUACCAGAAGGUUCCCUCCCACAAGAAGAGCGCCAUCAUCUGGGUCAACGGGGCAGCGCCGGUAAGAACAUACUGAUUAUCAGGAGCCUUUAAAGGUCGAUCUGGUACUUACUACUUUCAUAUCCUCUCCCUGUGACAACUCAUUGUGCUACAGUACAAACACAUCCUGUCAGUUUACUAGGAAAUGCUAGGGCAGUAGCACGGUUAGGAAAGAUGCGUUGUUAAAGUAUCCAGAUUAAAGCUGUAUGUCUCUGCUCUAUGUCUGUGUGUGUCAGGUGAUCGGCACCAUGUCCUGUCUGGGGAUGUGGAUUCCCCGAGCCACCAUGUUCACUGACAUGACCUCCGCCUGGUAUGUCACUCAUCCUUCACUCCUUUUCUCUUCUCUCUCUCUCCUUGUCUUUCGCUUUCUUUACAUAUCAGUUUCUCUUUCAUAAUGUCCGUCUCCCAUCCUAUCCUCUUUCCUUUCCUUUCCUCUCCUCCACCUUCCAUCUCUCCCUGUGUCUGUGUGUGGGUCUGGGCUUCUCUGGAUCUCAGCCCCCUGCUGUGACAGGCAGGAAACUCUGUAGAGUGCAGGAAGACACAUACUGUGUCAGCAAAACAUACAGAGUGAUACUAAAAACACUAUUACAAUAGUGAGUGUCUGAAUUCGUGCUUGUGUAGUUCUUUCCAAACCCAUCUCCCUCUGUCCAUCUUUUAUUCCCUCCUUCCCUCCUCGUAUAUUCUUAGUGUGUGUAACGUGUGUGUUUGUCUCCGCAGCUACUUUGCGAUCGUAGUGUUUAAGUUUCUGGUGCUGAUGAUUGAGGAAGUGGGGGGUGACGAGGCAUUUCUACGGCGUGCAGGGGAAAACAAACUGAGGAUCAGUACUGGUCCCUGUUGCUGCUGCUGCCCCUGUCUACCCCAUGUUAACAUCACACGGUAACACAUGCACACACGCUUACACAAACACGUACACACACACACUGUUCAGGAUCAAGUGUAAUUCAUAGCAAGACCUGUUUCUUGGUUGUGUCAGAGUCCAGCUACUAUGUUAGUAGUAAAACACUAGCUGGAUUUGUUUAGGCUCUGGCAGGUUGAAUGUACCCACUCCCCCUGGCUCUGUAUGGGCCCCUCCAUGUCUCACAGCACAUCUGACAUUAUCACUCCAAAUACGUCCCCUAUAGGCAUGGCCUAUAACAACAUUUUAGAAAUAUGUACAAAUAAUUAUAAUUUUCAGUAUUAAAUAUUUGUUGAAUCUUUUCCUCUGGUUUUCCCCAGACGGAGUCUGUUCCUGCUGAAGUUGGGAUCGUUCCAGUUCGCUGUGCUAAAGAUCGUCUUCACCAUACUGUCAAUCAUCCUCUGGACCAAUGACAACUUCGACAUCGCAGACGUGAGUGUGGGGCGUCAACACACACAUACAUACAAUCACACACACAUAUGAACAGUCACACACAUACACACUCAUAAGCACACACCAAAUUGUGCUUCAAAGGAAGAGAACACGUUCUCAAUACACACAGACACACACUCCCAACACUGUGUGUGUGUGUGUUCCAGAUGGCGAUAACGGGAGCAGCUAUCUGGAUUAACCCAGGUGUGGGGGUUCUGACCAUCAUAGCACUGUGGCCUGUAGCCAUCAUGUUCAUGCACCUCAGGAUCACGCUGCGCAGCCUCAAGAUCAUCCCCAAAUAUGCCAUGUACCAGGUAAGAUUACACACAUGCCAUGUAAGUGAGCCAAUCUGAGGAAAGAUGUACAGUAAGGCCCUCUUCAACCAAUCAGAGGUCAGUUAAUUAAUUCCCUGAAAUGACAGCAGUUGCAGCAAAUGAUAACUUGUGUUUACCUGUUUACUCCUGCAGAGUGCUGUCCUUUUUGUGUUUACCUAUGAUAUGUUGAUGUGUUUUACCUAUGAUAUGUUGAUGUGUUUUACCCGUGAUGCUGUGCAUGUAGUUGGUACUGGUGCUGAGUCAGCUCCAGUCGGCCAUCAUCAACAUCCUGGCUUUGAACGGAACCAUCGCCUGCACCCCGCCAUACUCCUCACAGGCCAGGGGAUACUGUGAGUCUCUCUCCUUAUCUCCAUCCAUCCCUUCAUCACUAUAUCCCUUAUUACAAACACACACAAACGCUACUGCUCUCAGGCAAGCACAUAACUUAAGUAACCUAUCCUCCCUUCCUCUCUCUCUCUCUCCAUCUGUAGUGAUGAGUCAACAGUUGUUGAUCCUGGAGAUGUUCAUCAUCACCUUGGUAACCCGCCUGUUGUACCGCCGCCAGUAUGACCCACUCCCUGAUGACGAGCAUGACGAUGAACACACCAAGAGGGUUCUACCGGCUCUAACAGCGUGAGGGCGAGAGAGACUGUAUCUGUGCGUGUGAAUGUGCAUGUAUUAGAGACAGUGUGUAUGUGUGGUUUUGUUAGAAAGGGAGAGAGUGUGUGUAUGCGCGAGUGUGUGUUCAAGAGAAAGAGUAUGUGUGUAUGUUAUGUUACACUGAGGUCUGCAGUAAGAAUUUAAUCAGUCAUGUCAUUUUCUGGGUGAGCAACACUGUGAAGAUUGAUCAGAACUCAUAAUCCCUCAGCCAGUGUGUUUGGAUGUGAUAGUGUUGCUAUUAUGUGACUGUAAUCUAAGAAUCAUUUCAGAAAUGUAUUUUUCCUCACAAGUUGUAUAUUUUGCCAUAGCCAUGGUGAACCUUAUAGUGUAUCAUCAUGAUCAAUUUAUAAUAUAUCAAUUUUUAAACAUUUGUUCUAGGAUUUGUGUUUUGUCAUUUGUUUUUUUCAUAGGCAUGCAAACAC